UACCCUCCACUAAUUGGACUGCUUUAAGAAGUCCUAACAAGUCCUAACCAAGUCCUAACAAUUCCUAACAAUUCCUAACAAAGUCCUAACAGUUCCUAACAAGUCCUAACAAGUCCUAACAAGGUCCUAACAGUUCCUAACAAAUCCGAACAGAGUCCUAACAACAGCGUGGCAAAAGAGCCAAUCAUAUGCUUCAAAAAAAUUGCCGCUCCAAGGGGGGCAAAAGAGCCAAUUAUAUGCGUCGAAACAGGUGCCCCGUGCAAACAGUGUUCUGAUAGGUUACUGACGGAGACGAUGUUACAGUUCAUCCUCAGGUAACUGUAUUUACCGUCGGCGAAUAUCUCUAGACACUAAAAACAAAACACUGGUUACACCACUUGACCAUAACGUCUGCAGCAAUAGGACAAGAGAUCGAAACAGAAAAUAGCCAUCAAGAUGCCAAAGCAAGGAAAGCCAGAUUCAUUCUGGACCGGCGUCAUGAUGCUGUUUGCCCAGGGGAAAUAUAAAUUUUCCACUGGCCAGAGACCCGGGAGCAGACGUUGGAAGGCAGUGUUAGAGAGGAUAAAGAAUUGUCCGCUGACCCCUGCAUAUGGCCUAACGGUCAGAAAAAAAGAUAUUUUUGGGAAAAAUAUUCCCUGCAAAUGUGGCUACCAUGAUUCAGGACAGCACACAGGGACCGCAGCAGGUCCGCAGCAGACAGGGACCGCAGCAGGUCCACAGCAGACAGGGACCGCAGCAGGUCCACAGCAGACAGGGACCGCAGCAGGUCCACAGCAGACAGGGACCGCAGCAGGUCCACAGCAGACAGGGACCAGUGGUAAUACAAUGACAUGCUCCCUUUGUGCUCAGGAAGUGCUCUCUGACCAGUUUACACAGCAUCUGUCAGACUUCCAUGUCCAAGAGGAGUGUGAGCACUGUGGCACAAAGGCCAUGGGUGCUGUCAGGUUAUCAGAGCACCUUGAGAAGUGUCAUGUCUUAACCUCACCUUCAGCCCAUCCCUCCACUACCCCAGCCCAAGAGAUGACACCGACACCAAUCGUCUCUCCCCGAGAUGCUCCAGCUACAGUCUGCCUCACAGCCCAGGAGACGACACCAACCAUCUGUCUCCAAGUUGCUCCUGCUCCUACCCCUCCAACCCUAUCUGAGAUGGCACCAGCGACUCAGAGUGGCACACCACUUCCAUCUUCUCCUGCUUCUGCUCCUCCUCCAGCAGCACCAGGACUACCAGUCCCUCUGCGCUUUCCAGAGGUAAGCCGGGCCAGGUUUUUACCAAAGCCAUUCCUCCGGGUCAUCAAGCCAGGUGAUUUGGAGUGGAUUGCCCACAUUCUCUAUGACGCAAGAGGGCAGCUGAAACAGAAUGUCAGGGAAAAUUGGCACCACCCCCCAAGCCCAAUCAGAUCUGUGGCACCUCCAAACCCACACGAUUACUUUCGUCAGAGGAUGUUCCUGUGGGCACCAAUGCGCAUGUGGGGCAUACCUUUGAAAUGUAAUCAGUGCAACCGAAAGAUGCACCACUCUGGCAUUUACACCAAGGUCAGAGAGGUCAUUGAUGUGGACAGCAAGUACUAUUUAAUAGGGGGAGAUUACCCAAGGUGCAGCCAGUGCAAACUACCUGUCUGUCCUUGGAGUAGUGAUAUUUUAAAGCAACUGGACCCCUCUAACCGCAACAAAUUCCCUGCUGUGUUGACUACACAUUUGGCACUGGACAGAAAAUGUGUGACACUUUUGCGUCCUAGAACAGCAGGGAAUAGCUCCAGUUACCUGCAGCAGGCCUUUCAAGAGGCACACAGUGAGGAGUGGGCCAGGAGAUCCUGUGACUAUUUCACAGAUUGUGAAAUUCACAAAAGAUCCUGCCUGAAGCAGUCCCAGGCUGUUUAUUCCCCGCCACCACCCUUCAUUCCCUUGCCCCUGGCCCAGUGGUUUGAGACAGUGCAUGCCAACGAUGUUGUCGGCCACCUUGAUGAACUCAAAGGUGUCAUCACUUCAACGUUUGGCAGAAUUCUGAAGCUCGAUUCCACUAAGAAGGUGACCAAAAAACUGGCUGGUGGUAUUGAGAACACGGCAACAUGGAUGACCAAUGUUGGGAACGAGUAUGGUCAGGUCCUCAACUCUGUCCUCACAACCGGCGAGGGGGCUGGACUGGAUGACCUGUGCCAAGGGAUCGUCCAACGGUACAGGGAUGCUGGUGAGCCACAGCCAGCCGCCAUCUAUGUGGAUAGAGACUGUUGCAGUGACAGAGGGGUGAGCCCAGUUCUCCAUUGGUUUCGGCCAUGGACGUCCACUGUGCGGUUGGAUGUGUUCCACUUUAUGAGGCGAUUCACCAAAGGUCUCAUCACGGAACACCAUCCUCUCUAUGGUACGUUCUGCUCCAAAUUGUCGAGCUGCAUUUUUGAGUGGGAUUACCAGGACAUCAGUAAUCUGAAGGAGGCGAAGCGGUCAGAGCUGAGGCAAAAGCAUCAGGGCUAUGAGCCAACAGAUGCCCAGGUGUUGGCGAGCAUCAGCCCUAAAGAACUAGCCAAGCACUGCCGCAGGAAAACCCGGGGAGUGGAGGAGACCCGUGCCCUCAUCAAAAGUCUCCUUGACUCCAUGUGGAACCUUGUGGACGGCACUGGGCUACACCUUAUUAACCACGAGCGCAUGUCUGAAGUGUGGAAGGUACAGCAAAAACACCUUGCCUGCAUCCAGGAUCCACCAGGAGUGCAGCUUUAUACUAACAUUGGGUCAGGGCUGGAGAAAGGAGACAAGACACUGGAUGUUCUAAGAUGCGCCAGAGGGUCCUCCUCUUUGGAAAGCUUUCAUAAGCACCAGUGUGCUUUCAUUCCAGGGUGGAGAUGCAAUGCAUUGCACACUCAGAUGUACAUGCUUGAGGGUGUGUCAAGGUGGAAUUUAAACCGGUCAGCACAAGCACUUUCAAUGACUGAGACAUCCAGGACAAAGCUGUAUGACAUUCGUUUGAUGUCCAAUGUAAAUGCGCUCAGCAACAAAGUCUUGGGAAAACCUCUUCUUCCAGAGUUUAUCCCCCCUGGGAAACCUACAGGAGAGCGAAUUGCUGUUGAAUAUCUUCUGGCACAAUCCAACAGAGGAGAUCUUCUGAGCCAGCAGACUGGUAAUGCUGACAUCCUGCCUGAGAUCUUGGAUGAAGACCUUGAGGAUGAAUGUCCUGAUGUGACCGUACCACAGGCUCAUGACCUCACAUUGCAGCAAUUUGGAAGCGGUGGCCAAAGGCCCAGACCAGAUCCCAGAUCCCCACUGGAGGAGGGUGAUGCAUCUGCUGGGCCCGUCCACUACCCACUGGAGGAGGGUGGUGCAUCUGCUGGGCCUGUCUACUCCUCAUUGGAGAAGGGGGAUGCCUCUGCUGGGCAGGUCUACUCCCCAUUGGAUGAGGGUGAUGCCUCUGCUGGGCCCGUCUACUCUCCAUUGGAGGAGGGUGAUGCCUCUGCUGGGCCCGUCUGCUCCCCAUUUGAGGAGAGAGAUGCCUCUGCAAGUCCCGUCCACUCCCCAAUUGAGAGUGAUGCCUCUACCAGGACUGUCCUCGCCCCAUUUGAGGAAAGUGGGUUCGUCACUCCAGCUCCGGACACCAGGUGUGAUGCCAGAGGGAUUCCUGGAUGGGAGGCAGUUGAUGCCUUGGCAGGUUACCUGGUUGGCCUUAACCGAACCAUAACAGCACUCUCCAAUGCUGAAGUGGCAGAGAUUUUGAGGUUAUACUCUCAUCUAAGUGCCUUUGACAAGACCCCCACCAGUUACUCCCUCAAGAGCAAAAAACAAAAUUUGUCAGGACCUUGGAGGGCUUCAAGAAAACGCAGUGGCUCUGCUCCAGGCCAGCAAGCAGCUGAGAGAUUGUUCAUGGUCCAUGGUCAGGCUGCUCACAGACCAGACAAGAACCGAAUUUCUGAAUGUGUUGCUCUCAAGUUGUACAAAGAGUACAAGCAACCCAGAAAUAGGCCAAAGGACAAUAAAGGGAGGAGAUUUGCCAUACCCCAGUCCAUUGUAAUGACCUACUCACACAUCAAGCAGCUAGUUGAGUACUGCAAAGAGAUCAUGAACAGGACUGACCUCGUACUGGUUAAUAUUAACAACACCACAGUGUCCGACUGGCUGCAAGAUUGCUCUAAGACAUCAGAAAAGGGUUCUUUACUUCAGGGCGUGCGGCUUCCACGGCAGAUUGCCGUGGCUAAAGAAUCCCUCCUGGAGGUUCGUGACCUACCAUCACAGCCAGUUCAGCAUGGACACACUCCUUUGGAGUUCCAGGAGCCUGAAAACCGUGAGGGUGAGGCAAAAAUCCGCAGGCGAAACAGGUCCAGAACACCUGCUAUUCCACACAGUGGUGGGGAAGAAGCAAGUAUUGCCCAACACGAUGCUGCUUCUUCUCAAAACAUCAGUACGGAGGGCUGGUCCUCUGCCAACCAGCCAUCCCCAACACAGUACCAAAGCUGGUCUUCCUACCAGGCGCCCCUGGCACACUCUCAUGUUUGGUCCUCCACCCACCCACAACCCUCAGCAUCCUCCCAGGGCUGGUCUGCCACCCAACCACCACCCUCAGCAUCCACCCAGGGCUGGUCUGCCCCCCACCCACAAGCCUCAGCAUCCAUCCAGGGCUGGUCUACCACCAACCCACCACCCUCAGCAUCCUCCCAGGGCUGGCCUGCCACCCAACCACCACAAUCAGCAUCCUCCCAGGGCUGGUCUGCAACCUACCCACCACCCUCAGCAUCCACCCAGGGCUGGUCCUCCAACCAGGGCUUGUCUGCAACCCACCCACCACCCUCAGCAUUGACACAGGGCUGGUCCUCCAACCAGGACUGGUCUGCAACCCACCCACCACCCUCAACAUCCACCCAGGGCUGGCCUGCCAACGAACCACCACCCUCAGCACUCUCCCAGGGCUGGCCUGCCACCAGAACCAACACCCUCAGCAUCCUCCCAGGGCUGGCCUGCCACCCAACCACCACCCUCAGCGUCCUCCCAGGGCUGGCCUGCCACCCAACCACCACCCUCAGCAUCCACCCAGGGCUGGUCAUCCACCUCUUUCUGUCCUGACCAACCUAGGCUCCCUCACCAAGCACUAGAUCCCUUUAAUCGCCAGCGUGAAUGGCGGUUACGCAGGGCAGAACUUGAAAACCAGGAGAGAGUGAGGAAAGGUGAGCCCCCAAAGGUCAGAAAGGCAAAAGAGAGCUAUCACUAUGAGUGUAAGCUGUGUGGUCAGCCUAAAUCAAAGCAAACUGGACACUCACAGGUACGAGGCAAAUGGUACUGCCCUGCAUCUGGACAGACCCUUGAGGAGUGGAGAAGCUCUUUGUAAAUAUAAGAAAUUCAUUCUUUUUUAUUUAUACUUUUAUUAAUCAUAUUUUUUAUUUAUUUUAAUAUUUCACAAUCACUGUUCAAACCAUUUGCUGUUGCAAAUGGAAAAAAAAAAUUAUGGAAAAAAAUAUUAGUUGCUGAUGCAACUAUUUCCAAAAAAAAAAAAAAAAAAACACAACUCUUGUGGUGUAAUAGCAACACGUCCAUCCUUUGGGUGGGAGACUCCAGGUGCAAAUCCUGGCAAGAGUGUGCAACUGUUGGCCCAAUCAGUAUUUAAUUAAAAAAUAAUUUAUGACAUCAUUUAAUCUGCAUUUUCUACUUUUCUCAUAAUUAUUACUAGAUAUACCCGCACUCAUAAUUAUCAUAACAAAGCAUUAUUAUUCAUACCAAUCCUAUUUGUAUCUGUUUUUAAGCCAUAUUUAAUCAAUUCAUAGCAAUUUCUGAUGAGGAGCUAGUGUCAGUGGGGGAACCGGCACAGAAGAGGCUGACAAAGGAAAAGUACAACUACACCUGUAAGGUGUGUGGCCAGGACAAAAAUAAAAGGACUGGACCCUGGGUGUCUGGAGAAAGAGUGUAUAGUUGCUGUCACUAUUACUUGUAUCUCUCUAUGUCGUUUGUAUGUCUGUUACCAUUAAGUUUAGGAAUUUUAUGGAGCCAAGAACAGCCUUGACGUUUUUAUGUAAUUUCCUCUUGAAUACCAGGACAGUGAAUGUCAUCCAUUGAAUGUAAUUGUUAAAACUAUAGCCAGAAUUACUUGCAGAAUCAUUUUACAUUUAUUCACAAAACCCAACACUCAAUGCUCAAUUUAUAAUAUGUUUUAUUCACUUGUGUUGCACAGAUGUAGUCUCUCAUAUAAUUGUGUUUUCAAAAAAAAGGAGGGGAAACAUGAUGUGGGAUUUAUUUACAUUUAAAGCUAUACACUGUUAAUACUGUUUUAGCUGUAAAUGUAGCAUGUGACAUUUUGAGUUAAAUAUUUGAAUAAUGAUUUGUUUACAUCACAAAAUAUGUUUACUUACAAAAGAAUUAGCUUUAAAUGCAUUUAUGUGCAUAAUUGCAUAAUCACAGGGUUAUUACUGUGGUGUUUCAUAUGGAAAAUAGUUCCUGUGUUAAAAAAGUACUACAUUACCCAAAAUGCAUUGCAUGUGUACUUCCGGAAUGCACUACGAGACUAGAACAAGCGAAGAGAGAUGGUCCUCGCUGCUGAACAAGAGAUCCAGGGGGCGGGGUUGGAUCUAGAUCCAACUCCUCCCACUUUAUAUACUUUGUUCCGCCAAAUGAACCAGUAAAUUUGCGUUGUUGCAGCCCGCAACAACGUUUGCUC